AUGAAGAAGAGGAUGAACACCACUUCUUCUUCUACUUCUGUUGCAGGUCUCCAGGCCUCGUCGAAUGAACCACCUUCUUCAUCUGCUGCUCUUGUUCACUUUCACAAUCACAAUUACAAUGACGACGGAGAACAAACCCUCGCGCCUCCCAAUCCCAAUCCCAAUCCCAACCCCAACCCCAACCUCGAGGAUGGCUUCUAUGAAAUCGAAACCAUACGCCGUAAGAGGCUACGCAAGGGUCAGCUCCAGUACCUAAUCAAAUGGCGUGGAUGGCCUGAGACUGCCAACACUUGGGAGCCUCUUGAAAAUCUACAGUCCGUUCCUGAUCUCCUUCAUGCUUUUGAGGACAGUCUCAAAUCAGGAAAACUUCGCAAGCGCAAGCGCAAGCCUGUCGUUCAUCACGCCCAAAUCAAGAAGCACCCCCAACGUUCUACCACUUCUUACAGCCUUAGACAUUUUCCAACUCACAACCCCCAUCCUCAAGCACCCAUCUUUCCUCACCAACCUCAUCCUACUACCCUUCAACAACCUCAACAAACCAAUGCAAACGCCUUUGCAGAACACGACCAAAAUGAUUACGAUCCAAAGCUCAGUGAACUUAAGGCAACAACAAACUCUGGCCUUGAGUUAGAUAACCUUGCAAUACAUUUCCGACAACCUAAGGUUUCAACUGCCAAUGGUGGUCGCUUGAAUUGCGUGGAACCAACUCAGACUGGGUGCUGCAGAGGAGCAAAAAGGAGAAAAUCUGGUUCUGUCAAGAGGUUCAAAAGAGACCCAGAUGGAGGGAAGCCCGUUGAUGCUCAGAAUCCAAUCAGCGUUCCUGUUGGGGCAACCGCUGGUCGUGUGGGGAAUAAUAGUCCUAUGAAGAUGGAUGAUGCUAAAACUGCCUGCAAUAUUGUCAAGAUUAUAAAGCCAAUAGGCUAUUCAUCUUCUUUAUCGGACAACAUGCAGGAGGUUUUAGUGACCUUUAUGGCCAUGAGGUCUGAUGGAACAGAAGUGAUGGUGAAUAACAGAUAUCUCAAGGCAUACAAUCCACUUCUGCUGAUCAAUUUCUAUGAGUUGCAUCUCCGCUAUAGUCCUACAUAG